AUGGAGAGAUAUGCUUUUGUAUGUUAUGGUUUGGCUUUUGAUCCUUCCAAAUCACCUCAUUACAAGGUGGUCUGCGUGACUAACUCAUGUUUCGCCUAUUCUGAAUUUGUGGAACGUGAAGGCGAGCACCACAAAAUAGAUAUAUAUUCAUCUGAGACUGGAACCUGGAAGCAUCUAAAUGUUCCAUAUUUCCCGAGCCCCUAUGACAGUCAUAGGCCCUAUGAUCGCAAGCAGAUGGCCAUGCACUUUGACCAUAGGAACAGGGAAGGGGCCGUAUACUGCAACGACGCAGUUCAUUGGAUAAGAGCCAGUGUAUCAAGCUUGGCGAUGACACGCGCAACUGAAAGUGGUAGGAUGGAAUUCACAAGAAACGAAACUGAUGUGCUGCACUACUUUGAUUUAGGCCAAGAACGUUUGUUGCUAGCGUCCUCUAACCCUCAUGUUCCCUUGUUUGAUGUUAUGGAGAUGGAAAGGGACUACUCUGGCUGGUUUGUCAAGUAUCAUGUUGAUCUUAAUCCAGUAUCCACAGCUCUUCCUCGUUCAAAUGCUUUGCUUAUCUUGUACCUCUCUCAAGAGCAAGAAAAGGAUGCAAAAGAGGAGGAUUUUUCAUGUAUCCUUUGGUUGCAUAUGCCUGGAAAGGUCAUGUCUUAUAACCUCAAGAAUAACAACUUCGAGACUUCUGUGGAGUUGGCCGAUGAGGAAAAUCUUCAUGCUUUAAAUGAAAAAUUCUCUAGGCAUUAG